AUUUGUACCCACCGAAAAUCAAGGUAAGUCCAUAUAUAUAUGCAAAGAAGUCCCACCCAUGGGCUGCUGCUAACACCCAUACACCAACAAAUAUUUGUAACAGUGCCGAAUUACGUGAAUACUUCAACUGCUGUUACAAGCUCAAGACCAACAGAAAUUAUCCCUCAGUACAAUCAAAUAUCUGCUGCUUCACCAUCAUCCCCAUCUCCAUCACAAGUACAAUCCGCAAGUGUCCACAAUCAACAACAAACGAAUCUCGUGUAUCUUCAAAAUGGAAACAUUCCUAUAAGUAAUGAUUUCACCACCAACACGUUACCCCCGAUCACUACAAUACCACCACCACCGCCGCCUCCGAAUAACAAUAACAACAACAGUAACGCCUUAGCGAAUACGUUCACGGGCCCAAACUUACCACUUUCACGGCGCCACAUUAAUCCAUCGCCGCAGGUGUUUAACCCAGAAACCCGCACCUACGAAUCGUUUAACCCAGAAACCGGCACCUACGAAUCGUUUAAUCAUAUACCAACUUUGGUCUUUGAUAGUCAACAUUCUCGGCAUGAACGUCCACAAUCAAUACCAUUACAACAGCCACUACCGAAUAGUUUUCAUAAUUCAGUAUCAACGUACUACCAACAGCCUUAUCUACCAGUCUCCCAGCAAUUAUCUACUUUACAACAACAACAACAAUUACAAUUACAACGAUUACAACCACCGACGCACUCAACAUCAGCAUCAGCACCCGUAAACAACUCAAACGACACCAACCUUCUUUCGAAAACAACCACAUUACAAGUUAACAAUGUAUCAGCAGCAGCCACAAAAAGUACCACCGAUGUACGUAUCAACAACGAACCAUUAUCUGAAAAUAACGCACGCAAGUCACCAAAAGGUACAUUGACUUUGUCAAAAAGUAUCGAUUGUGAAGCGGUGCCCAACAAAAGCGAUCGACCAGCAACCCAGGAUGAUGAUGUUGCAACUCCUACUAUCAAAGGCUCUGGUGAUAGUAACGCGAUUGACAAUACAAAGUCACCGAAGAAGUUGUUAAUCACUACAAACGAGAUGAGCAUUAUUGAUGAUCUUCGUAAAUAUCUACAGCCGUCCGGGUUCCAGUACUUUUUAAAGUUAAUGGACAUGGUCAACAACGAUAUAAUUGAUCGAGAUGCGCUAGUUGAUUUUAUUACCCCAGCGUUUAACGACGACAGCGACAAAGAGCACGGGUUGCUACAACGACUGAAGACACUUGUUGGCUACGGUGGAGGCUCAGCAAAAUACCAAUUAAAGACCAUUGCAUCUACUAUACCGAAACCAGAUUUAUCAGAAUUAUUAAGCAUUGAGGAGAGCCCAAGUUAUCGAAAAGUAACCAACCUAGAGUGGGUCAACCAACCUUGCUCAGCACGCGAUGAUUUAUGUCGUGAAGUUUUGAACGAUGUCUACAUAUCAUAUCCUACGGAGGAAAGUGAAGGAAGCAAUGCAGACACGUUCACGUUAAAUAGAUAUGAAGAACAGCUACAUCGAUGUGAAGAGAAACGAUACGAAUUCGACUCCGUGAUUGACGAUAAUGAAAAGGCGAUCAUACUACUGCAGAUGAUACUUGAAGACCUGGAGAAAUUGGAGGCGAAAGACGAUAGCGACAGUGACAGCGACAGUGACAGCGACGAAGACAGCGAGGACAACGACAACGACGACGAUGGCGAUGAUGAGGAGAGAGACAAUGAGGAGAAAUUCGAUAGCCUUGUCAAUCAGCUCAACAAGUUUAUUAUCAUCAAGGCAAUCAAGGUAGCUUACGGCAAACGACACGCACCUAGAGUCAUCGAGGGCCUUCUCAAACAUCCAAUACAAAACAUACCCGCCAUUCUCGAGUUCCUGGAAAGCGAGGGCGAGAAAUGGGAACUGGCACGGACAGAGCUUAAUGACAUUUGGCGAGAAAUUGAAAAAGAAAACCAUGUACUAUCGUUGAAGCGGAAGCGAAAUGAAAUAAGUGGCAGAAAAUAAGUCGCAAAAAAAAGUACAAGCAAAUGGUGUACCAAUCCUUGAACUUUGACACGGUCCCAUCAUUCUUUGUUUUUUAUUAAAAGCGUUUUAACCUUUUGGGUAGUUGAUGAUGCUGACAGGUAGUCUCUCUGAUAACUAGUAUCUUAAUUUCAACUACGUGCACGGCUG